GGCAGAUACAAGAAUCCCUGAUCCAGCUGCUUUCAACAUCAUACCUGCACAGAGUUUGCUAUUCUCCGGCUUCAAUCUGAUCUGGAGAGAACUUCCCAAACAUCUACAGUCCUGGUAGCUAUAUCACAUACACAUGGGACUAAACUGUACCGUCAAAAACAUAUGAUUCUCCAAAGCUCAAAACAAGAUAUACCCAAAGCAACAAGAACACACUCUCCGAAAAUGCAGUUCAAGGUACCAGUUGGGUUCAAUCUUUCAAGAUUUCACAGCUCUUGGACAUGGAGAUUUGUGCUGUCACAAUCAUACUCUUCAAACAAGGCGGCACCGAUUAACGGCAGUUAUUCCGGUGGGGGUGAUUUGAAAAAACGAAUUUUGAAGGUGGUUUCAUCGGGUGUGAACCCGACGAGGAGUGUGCUUGAGAAUUGGGUGGAUGAAGGCCGUAGAGUUUGUCUAAACGAGCUUAGGGUGAUUAUACGGCAGCUCAUGAAACGACGUCGAUUUGGACCUGCUUUGGAGAUACUUAACUGGAUGGAAACUCAACAUUGUUCUCAGAUGUUACGUCAUGAUUAUGCCAGGCGACUGGAAUUAACUGUUAAAGAACACGGUAGAAUAGAAGCUGAAAGAUAUUUUGAGAGUUUAACAAGCACUAUUUCGCUGAAAGCUGCUUCCCUCCCUCUUCUUCAUUGUUAUGUUGAAGAAAGGUCCACUGAGAAGGCUGAAGCUUUCAUGCUAAAGAUAAAUAAGUUGGGACUUGCUCUGAGCCCUCAUCCGUUUAAUGAGAUGAUGAAGCUUUAUAAGGCCACAUCUCAGUACCAAAAAGUACCAUCAGUCAUCCUGCAAAUGAAACAAAACCGAAUAACCUUAAACGUCCUCUCCUAUAAUCUCUGGAUGGACGCAUGUGGGGAGCUCUCUGGGGUUGAAUCAGCAGAGAUGGUAUACAAAGAGAUGCUGAGUAACCAAAAUGUAGAAGUGGGAUGGAGCUCUUUAGCUACAUUAGCGAAUAUUUAUAAGAAAGCAGGACUCACAGACAAGGCAGUUUUGGCCCUAAAAACUGCUGAAAAGAAAAUAUCCAACAGUAAUCACUAUCCUUACUUCUUUCUCAUAACGCAGUAUGCUUCUUUAAAGAACAAAGAUGGAGUACAUCGGGUCUGGGAAGCCUCUAAAGCAGUAAACUCUCCGAUAACUUGUGCCAACUACAUGUGUAUCUUGUCGUCUUUGGUCAAGCUUUGUGACAUGAGAGAGGCCGAGAGAAUUUUUGUGGAAUGGGAGUCUCAAUGCAGAACAUAUGACAUUAGAGUCUCCAACAUUCUUCUCGGUGGAUACAUGAGAAAUGGAUCAGUUGAAAAAGCUGAAUCGUUACAUUAUCACACGUUGGAGAAAGGUGGAUGUCCAAAUUCUAAAACCUGGGAGAUAUUGGUGGAAGGAUGGAUAAGGAGUCAACAAAUGGAUAAAGCUACCGAUGCCUUGAAAAGUGGUCUUGCUGCUCUAAAACAUUAUGAAUGGAGGCCAUCACCAAGUAUUGAUGUCGCAAUUUCAGAAUAUUUCGAAGAAACUAGACAGUUUGAGAAGGCUAUGGAGUUUCUUACAACUCUUAGACAUUUUGGUCCUGCUAAUUUACAAGUGUACAAGUCAUUGCUUAGAAUGCAAAUCUCAAGAGAAGAAAGUCCACUGUACAUCCUUGAAAUGAUGCAGAAUGAUGGAAUUGACGUGGAUGAUGAGACCUCUGCCAUCUGUUCAGACGUUUUGCAUUGUUGAGAACUCAAAAUCCAUAGGGCAGAAGAUGGGUUAGAAUGUCAAGCAUGUUGAACAAUUUUUUGUCACUUGGUGCUAACUCAAAGCAUGCGGCUUGAAAUAUAAAGAGCACAGUGGAUGUGACUUCUUGGGACUGCAUCCUGCAGCGACUGAAAGUUGAAGGAACUCGUAUCCUUAAAAAGUAACUCAAAUUUUGCGUGGCAUAUUGACAGUCAGGCACUCGUUUUUUAUCAAGAAUGGGAGCAGCUUCAAGGACAUUCUGAAACCAUGAAACAAGUGAAGGCAUUUCCUCGGCAUCAAUAAGUCUGAUAUCCACAACCUCCUCAACAAUCUGAGCCCAGCAGAUGAUCCAAGCAGACGUGACAUCCAUGAAGCCAAUUUUUGCAUCUCCAAAAAAGUGCUUCUUGCCUAGUUCAUCCUCUAAAAUUUUCAAGUUCUCACGAGCUUCUUUUGCUAUCUUCUGUUGCUCCACUCCGACCUUGGCAAAGGUACCAAAUAUUCCUGGCACACACUGUAAAGAAAGAAAGAGCAUGAAUAAUCGAGUGAUUUGCUGCCAGAUGAUAAACAAGUAACACGAAUGGAUUCUUUCAUAUUUGAACAUUGGUUAUACCUUGUCAUCAACAAAUUUUGCCCAAAAACGCGCCUUGGCUCUUUCAUAAGGAUCUUCAGGGAGGAGUGGAUUGUGCUUCCAUGUCUCUUCAAUGUAUUCAAGUAUGACUAGUGAUUCUGCAAUAGGUUUCCCAUUAUGAACCAAAACCGGAAUCUUCUUAUGAACUGGAUUGUACUGCAAGAGCAAAGGACUUUUGUUUGAGAGAUCUUCUUCUUGGUAUUCAUAUUCAAUACCUUUCAGUUUCAGUGCCCAAUGAA